AAAAUAAAACGGGCCGCUCGUGUACCCAGCCGUCUCGGUGCGCAGCCGGCGAGAAAAGAGAUAACCCGAGCACGAGCGGCUGAGGUCAUGGAACCGACCGGCCUCCGAACACUAAACCUGCGGUGCUCGCCGGUAUAUCUCCGUCCCCGCUCCCCUAUCCGUCCCGCUCUCCUCGCAGACCUAAGCGAGAACAAGCCCUCGCGUCCCGCAAGACCCCAAAAACCCUCGAUCUUCCUCCACUCCGCUGCGUCGCCCAAGCCUCUCUCCUGCUCUUCUAUCCAACCUCAACCACUGCUUGAUGAAAGAAAUUAUAUUUUCCCAAUUACAGUUCAGGCAGUUGAAAGAGCUGAUGCAAAUACAUGUUGCAAUGGUUCUGCUAAAGGUGUCAAUGAGGUUUCACGUGCCAAACUUCUUCAAGUGGUGCUUGUUUCUCCUCAGAUUCCUGGAAACACUGGAUCCAUUGCCAGAACAUGUGCAGCAUCAGCCGUUGGCCUACAUCUUGUCGAGCCCUUAGGAUAUAAGAUAGAAGAUUCCAAACUCAAGCGUGCUGGAUUGGAUUAUUGGCCGUAUGUGGUUGUGAAGAUUCAUGGCUCGUGGGCUGAAUUUCGAGACUAUUUCAGACAACAGGAUGGAGAAAAACGACUCUUGGCAUUUACCAAGAGAGGCGCAAGCAUCCACUCAGAUUUCUCGUACCGACAAGGUGACUGGCUAGUAUUUGGUUCUGAGACUUGUGGGCUGCCACCAGAAGUGUUGCUUGACUGCAGCACAGAAGGUCUUGGUGGUGGAACCAUCCGAAUUCCAAUGGUUGAAACUUACGUUCGCUGCCUGAACCUCUCUGUCAGUGUGGGCAUUGCUUUGUAUGAAGCAUCCAGGCAGCUGAACUAUGAACAGCUUCAGUGCCCACCUGAGAGCCAAGCAUUAUUUAUGAAAGAAGACAUUUUUGGGUAACUAAUGAAUUUCAUGACCUUUCCUAGCAUGAUGGAUGUCCAAAUUGCAUGCCAGUAACGAAUAGACAGCAUGGCUAAGAUCCAUGUUAAUUGGUGAAUGCUUGAAUACUAAAGCUAGUUCCCUGGGAAACGGUUGCUGGCUGGCUUCAGAGUGCAGAUGAGGCUUCUGAAUAUGUUGUAGUGAUAACCAGCAAGUUGCUCGGGGCAACGACAUCACAGUGUGCUUCUCUUAUGUGUUCCUGGGUACAGUUGAGAAAGAUUAAUAUUGUAACAUUUAUGUCUUUAAUCAUGACUCCCACCAUAAAUAGAUGAUGAAAUGGGAGUCAGAAGAAAUGGCCUGAGAAUGAAAAAACAGCUGUCUUGUAGAUCAAUUCUUGAGGAGUUUACCUUAGGAUUGUGAACCUUCUUGCGUUGGCCGUGUGAUAUCGGAAUUGUAAUCUUGGCGCAGUGGUUAAUUGUUUAUGAGAAUGACUCAGUUUAUAA